AUGUCGAGUGUAACCUCGUACCAGAUCAAGACCCACCUGCAGGGAGGCACCGGCUUCCCGGCGACGGACUUCUUGGGCGGCGUGUAUAUGAACAACACGACGGACGUGGAGCUGGCGGCGGUGGACUGUGACCACGCCAUCACCGUGGAGCUGAAGCACGACGACACGCUCAGCGAGGAGACGGGCGCCUUCAUGCAGUGUGCCUUGCUCUACACCACCGUCGGGGGCCAGAGGCGUCUGCGCGUCCACAACCUCAGUCUGAACUGCAGCCAACAGCUGAUGGAGCUGUUCAAGAGCUGCGAGACGGACUCGCUCAUCAACUUCUUCGCCAAAACAGCCUACCGUGCCAUCCUGAAGCAGCCACUGAAGAGCGUCCGGGAGAUCCUGGUCAACCAGACCGCCCACAUGCUGGCCUGCUACCGCAAGAACUGUGCCAGCCCCUCUGCCGCCAGCCAGCUGAUCCUGCCCGAGACCAUGAAGGUGUUCCCGGUGUACAUGAACAGCCUGAUGAGGACGGCCCCCCUGGUGGGCAGCACGGAGCUGUCCACGGACGACCGUGCCCACCAGCGGCUGGCCGUCAUGGCCAUGGGCGUGGAGGACACCCAGCCGCUGCUGUACCCCCGCCUCAUCCCACUGCACAACAUGGAGCUGGAGGGCGAGGCGGUGCCGUCGCCGCUGCGCUGCUCCGAGGACCGCCUGUCCGACGGCGGAGCCUUCCUGCUGGAGAACGGCCACGCCCUCUUCCUGUGGCUGGGCCAGGCCUGCCCCCCCGAGCUCAUCCAGGGGCUCUUCAACCUGCCCUCGCUCGCUCACCUGCAGCCCAACACGAUCGGUGGGUCGCAGAAUUCGGUGUAAUCCCGGUGCACCGGGACACGGCGCUGUUCGCCUACGGUGGCUGUGGACCUGUGGUGAGUGCCUCGCACCUGACCCCCUAGAUAGGUUAGAUUGCACUCGCCAAGGAAAGCUUAGGAACACACAUAGGUUACGGGUUGUCUACCCGGGUAAUAACGAGCGCAGUAGGUCGGCUUCGUAACGUCCACGUCUCCAGAGUUCACCGACAGCUCUAGCCACUGCGCCACCUUCAGUUAAAGUUUAAAAUAGACUUUACAAUUCACAUAGCAUUGUUCACUUGAUUAUAAUAUCAGUUGUUCAUAUCAGACAGUUAUUCGCACUCAUCCAUUCACCCACCCACCCACAUGGGUUCGAUUCCGGCCUAGGGCUAGGCCGGAAUCGAACCUAUGUCUCCGGAACAGCUAGGUAACAGCUCUACCACCUGCGCCACAGAGGCACCAGCAAGGUACUGGUGAGAGGUUA